AUGCUGCAAGAAAUAAGCGCGUUGACGAACGCAAAAUCCGUCCUAACAGCUGCGAUCUCUACGCUAAUUAUUUACAUCGUCACAACGGUCAUCUACAAUGUUUACUUUCACCCGUUAAGUCGGUUCCCAGGACCGAUAUCUCAUGCAAUUUCUCGUAUCCCAUACUUCUGUCGUGCGAUACGCGGUACCCUUCCAUUUGACAUGCUAGAAUUGCAUGAAAGUUAUGGAGAUAUCGUGCGUAUUGCACCUAACGAGCUUGCUUUCUCUCACCCAGAUGCUUGGAAAGAUCUAUUUGGCCACAAAAACGGAGAGGCGGAAAUGACAAAAGCUAACUGGUUCUACCGCCCACUCGAUGAGCCUUUGCACAUUGUCAAUGAGAAUACUGAUGAGCAUAGACUAUUGCGCCGUCAAAUGGCUCAUGGAUUUUCUGAGAAAAGUAUGAGAGCCCAAGAGCCUAUGAUCCGGAAAUAUGUUGAUCUCUUACUUCAAAAACUUCACGAAAACUGCAAGAGUGGCAGCUUGGUGAUUUUUGAUUGGUAUAAUUUUACUACAUUCGAUAUCAUUGGUGACUUAGCGUUUGGAGAGCCCUUUGGGUGCUUGGAGGGCUGCAACUAUGAUCACUGGAUCAAAGGUAUUUUCGAAGGAGCUUACGUGGGCACCCUGCUACAGGCGUUGUCAUUCGUUCCUUCUCUGAAGUACUUACUUUUGUCGCUUGUUCCAAAGUCCAUGAAAGAAGCUCAUCAGAAGCACAAGGAUCUGACAAAGGCGAAGAUGCUUCGUCGCGUCGCUAUCUCGGAGGAACGACCGGAUCUCAUUGAGGGAUUGCUUAAGAAGAAAGAUGAACUUAAACUUGGCAUAGAAAAAUUGAUUUCUAAUGCUGAGAUCUUGAUCAUCGGAGGCUCCGAGACAACUGCAUCAGCUCUGAGUAGAGUAACUUAUCUCUUGUUACAGAAUCCCAGUGCCUAUGAAAAACUGAAGGAUGAAGUCCGUUCAUCAUUUGACAACCAGGAAGAGAUCACCUUGAUCAGUGUUAACAGACUGUCAUAUAUGCUGGCAUGUCUUGAUGAAGCAUUACGCAUGUAUCCACCAAUUGCCAAUGGCCUUCCUCGUGUUUGUCCCAAGGGCGGAGCUAGGGUUCUAGGUGAAUACAUACCAGAAAAUACUAAUAUCUCAAUUCAUCAAUGGGCAUUAUAUCGCCGCCAGAAGUAUUUCAAAGACCCCAACUCAUAUCACCCAGAACGGUUUUUAUCGGAUCCAAAGUUCGUGGACGAUUGCCGUGAUGCAUUUCAGCCAUUCCAUACUGGGCCAAGAAACUGUCUAGGAAGAAAUCUUGCAUACAGUGAAAUGCGUCUAAUUCUCGCUCUUAUUAUGUUUAACUUCGAUAUGAAGAUUGCAGAUGAAAGUAAAGAUUGGAUGAAGCAAAGAAAUUUCUUGAUGUGGGAGAAGGGCCCAUUAAAGGUGCAUUUGACACCCAGGACUCUCACAGAAUAA